GCAACCUCCCGGGGACUUGAGGUGAGCGCCAUGCACUCCUCCCGCCCAGAGGCGGCGGCGGGGCCUCAGUUUCCUCCGCUGUCCGAGCAGACGGCUGGAGCUUGCGCCUGGCCAGGCUGCCCGGCCUCCAUGAGCUCUGGGGCACGUCGGGGCUCCCCUCCGAGGGCUCCCGGGGUGCAGGGCCCUCCACCGCUUUUGCACCCGAAAAAGGGGUUGCUGUGCAAGUGGUCUGCGGAGGCGCCGACUUGCUACAAGUGUAACGACCUAGGGCACGCGGGGCUUCCGCCGGGGCAGCAGCAGGAGCAGGGGCAGGAGGAGCCGCAGCAACAGCAGGAGGAGGAGCAGGAGCAGAAGCAAGAGCAGCAGCAGGAGCCAGAGCAACGGCAGCAGCAAGAGCGGCAGCCGCCCAGCUUGUCCGCCCCGACGGCGCCCCCGCAGCCGCUGCCCGCGCCCCCGCCCCCGCCGCCCUCCAGCCCCGGCGGCUGGGCCAUGAAGACGGAGCCCCCCAAGGAGGCCCCCGGCGACAAGAUGCUGCGCACCCCCAAGUGCUCGCGGUGCCGCAACCACGGCUUCCUGGUGCCCGUCAAGGGCCACGUGGGCAAGUGUCGCUGGAAGCAGUGCACCUGCGAGAAGUGCUACCUGAUCACCGAGCGCCAGAAGAUCAUGGCGGCGCAGAAGGUGCUCAAGCGCCAGACGCACGAUGGCGACGACCCCGACGAGCACCCCGGGGAGCCUCCCGCCAGCGCCGCCGCUGCUGCCGCCGCCGCCCUGGGCGCCCCGGGGCCCGCGCCUUGCGCCCGUCCGGUGCCCCUGCCUAUGCCUAUGCCGCUGCCAAUGCCCGGGCCCGGGCCCUGCGCCGCAGCCGAAGCGGGUCCAGACACCAGGGCAGCAGCCGCCGUCUACGCCGGCGCCCGGUCCGGCCCCACGGGGCCCUAUGAGCGCGGCCCGGGGAGCAAUGGCGGGGGCAGCCACCUGGGAGCCUCCGAGACGGGCGCCCGGGGCUUAGACGGCUGCUGCAAGCCGGGGCCGCGACGGGCGCUGCCCAUGCCCAUGCCGAUGCCCCUGCCGGCGCCCCCACCAACCCCGCUGCCGUCGGCUGCCGCCGCUGCCGCCGCCUCCACUUCGGCCUCCCCCAGCCCGCCCUACGCUGACUUCGGGCACCCAUCCAACAUCGCCCCAGAGUGCAUGGUGGGGUCUGACUACCUAGAGAGAGAACCGUCCAAAAUGUACCCGGGCUAUGCCAACAUGUACCACUACCGCCCGUUCCCGCUGGGCAUCGUCAACCAGCCCAGCUACCGCAGCUCUCCUGCUACUUCAGGGAUCCCCAUCCAGAGGGGCUUCCGCCAUGUUCCCAGCAACCACGGAGCGGGGACCUCCUCUUCUUUGCUGAUGCAGGAUACCAGUGGAGACUUCAGGCAGGGCUACUACCCGCCGCUGCCUCAGUUCAUCCCUCCGAGCUUUCUGCCGGGGCUCCACUACAUCCCGCCUCCGCUGCCGCUGAACGUUCUCACCGACACGGCCAAAGAAUCCACCGCCACCCUGACGGACGUCUCGGAUGCGGGCGUGAUGUGUGAGCACAGCCAGCCGUCUCCGCAGGAGCCGACCAACUAAGCCCCCAGGCUGGUCCUCGGGCACACUGGGGGGGCCCAGGGGGGCUGCAGCUGUGCCAAAGGGGUGCUGAUGAGCUGGAGUGACGCGUGGGGUGACUCGGGAUGGGAGCCUGGAAAACUGGGGUUCAGGGAAGGCCAGGC